AUGACACAGAUACUAAAUGUACAUGCUUUUCUUGAACAUUCUUUCCAAAAUGAUGAAAGUUUAAUUCCUAGCUCAUUAAGACAUAUUUUGAUUCAACAACAUACUUAUAUACCCUAUCACAAUAUCCCAAUACAUAGAGAUGGUAUGACAGGAGAAUUACGAAAUCCUGAUAUUAGUUUCAAACGUUCGUGUACCACUGUGCAUACUGUGGAGUUCAUAAUCAAAACAAGAAGUAUUAUCGAAUCAAUUCAUGAAAUCAGUAAACAAGCUUUGUGUUCAGCUAAAAACAAAUUAUCUCUACGGAACUGUAUUUAUGAUAGUUCAGCCGAUUCAGCUAAGAAUGUGUUACCUGUUCCUGAUAUCCUUGAUCAGGUUCUGCGAGAGGCUAAAGAUAAUGUAGUUCAUGACUGGUGUUUUCCUAAGGGUUAUUUCCUUCGAUACACAGCUCAAUUGGAUGAAACAGGAACUUUCUCACUACCAAAAACGGACAAACUAACUUUUCUUAAAAGACGCGUGAGAGCAUCUAAACCUAGAUGGUCUUAUGCUAUUACUGAGGAUACUGUAACGCCUCUUCCUCCAUUAAAAACUCUAAUACCAAACCCAGCCUUAAGUUGGGAAUUCGAACUGGAUACGUUUCAGAAGCGCGCCAUUCUAUGUCUUGAAAGCAAUAAGACUGUUUUCGUUGCGGCACAUACGUCAUCUGGAAAAACUGUUGUUGCAGAAUAUGCAUGCGCUAUCUGUCUACGUCGAGGGUCAAAAGUUAUCUACACCAGCCCAGUCAAGGCGUUGUCAAACCAAAAGUUUUAUGACUUUAGGAAAAAAUUCGGUACAAAUGUUGGACUGAUCACAGGAGACGUCAGCGUGGCUCCUGAGGCAUCACUACUUAUCAUGACUACCGAAGUGUUGCACAAUAUGCUAUGUGCGUCUUCUGAAGUUAUAAAAGAUCUUGAAAUUGUCGUUUUAGAUGAAGUUCAUUAUAUAAACGACCCGGAAAGAGGGUAUGUAUGGGAACAGAUUAUGAUAAUGCUACCUAAGCAUGUUCUACUUGUCAUGUUAAGUGCAACGGUUCCUAUAAUUUUGAGCUGGCCGAAUGGCUUGGACAAGUAA